UAAAACUAGAGGUGCUGCUUGAUUAGAUAAGAGAAAGCCAGCAAGCAGUUAUCCAGUGAAGGUAAACUGUAAAAUGAAAGAUGCAACGAACUUUCGACCGAGCCCUUAACUAAAUAUGUGUCAAUGAACUCGAGAAACUUCUUUGUAUUAACUAGGGGACUGGCAAUGAAGGCUGUACGUGUGCACACAUUUGGAGGACCAGAAGUCUUGAAAGUAGAGUCUGAUGUUCCGAUUCCUGUUCAUUCUGAAACCCAGGUUUUGAUUAGGGUUGGUUCAGCUGGUGUUAAUCCAGUUGACACUUACAUUAGAAUGGGAUUAUUUGCUCAAUUGCCAACUCUGCCUUACAUCCCUGGACGUGAUGGUUCUGGAACUAUUGAAAAAGUUGGCUCCAAAGUUGACACACUCAAGGAAGGUGAUCGUGUUUUCUUUUCCGGAGCCAGCGGCUCUUACGCCGAGUACGUUGCUUGUGAAUCGCAUUCAGUGUUCCAUCUGGCUGAUCGCCUCUCCUUCGCCCAAGGGGCCGCUCUAGGUGUUCCUUACUUCACGGCUUAUCGCGCUAUAUUUAUCAAAGGAAAGGCCAAGGCCGGCGAUCGUGUUUUGGUUCAUGGAGCCAGUGGAGCUGUUGGUUUAGCCGCUUGUCAAAUCGCUAAAGCGCACGGAAUGACCGUCGUUGGAACAGCAGGUUCUCCCCAGGGGAUGGAACUUGUGAAAAACAAUGGAGCUCAUCUGGUAUUCAAUCACAGGGAGAAGGGAUAUUUGGAACUAGCUGCCGAAGCGGUGGGCGGUGACGGUUUUGAUGUUAUUAUCGAAAACGCAUCAGACAUCAAUCUCGGCUCGGAUUUGACCGUCAUUGGUCCGGGCGCUCGUGUUGUGAUUGUGGGCAAUCGAGGCAACGUCGAAAUCAGCCCUCGUUUCCUGAUGACAGAGGAGGCCUCUAUCGUCGGAUGCGCCCUUUUCAGAUCCACUCCGGAGGAGUGGCGUCAAACGGCCGCGUCGGUGGUGGCCGGCGUCGAGAUGGGCUUCCUGACGCCGUUCAUCGACAGAGAAUACCCGAUGGAGACGGUUCAAGAGGCUCACGCCCAUGUUCUCAGUCACGAAGGAGGAUCACGUGGCAAACUGGUCCUGACAAUGACGUAGAUGUCGUCAGCGAAUGAAGACGGAAGAUACUUUUUUUCCCUCCUAUUUUUUGGUUGCAAGCUCUUUCUUGAAUGAACGCUGCAUUUUAUGGACAGUCUGUCUGAGAUUGCCACUGUUCUUCUCUCUUAUUCUAAGGUGUAAUGGAUCUUCCUUUUCUCUUUUUAUUUUUUUCCAAAAUGUAUGAUUCGGUCAUGUGUGUGUGUAUGAGCGCGUCUGAAGGCUUCGCCAAAGGAAUGUCGCAGCGAAAGGAAUUCACUACCGUGAAUCGUGCAGCCCUUUCUUCCUCCCCCCUUACUACCCCACCUGCCUUAUACGCGCACUCAAAAUACAUUAGACAUUAUAAGAUA